AUGCGACUGCUUGGGCGAUGCCAGUAUCUGAAGCUACAUUCACUGUCUCCGACGACGUCUUUGUCGUCGACAAGGUCUGCCAGCACGCUUGGUUCGACGUCUCUUCCUCAACCACGCCUGAAUUACCGUGCUCUUUGCGAAAAUCCCACUUCCAAAUCUCUCAACGCCCUCAACCGCAAAGCACCUCUUCCCCCUGACGCCAUCCAAUCCGUCGUCCGUCUCUAUACCGAAUUCAAAUCUCUCUCGACCACGCUCAAUGUCAAACGUAAUGAACGAUCCAUUGUGGGUGAAAAUAUCAAGAAAAGUGCACCAGAAGAGGCGGACGCACCAAAGCGGACCGCUAGACGGUUAAAGGAGGAGAUAUCCCAGCUGGAAUCCACAGCGUCUCAAAUGCAAGAAGAAUUAUUAAGUCUAGCUCUAGCCAUACCAAACGACACCCAUCCCGAAUCUCCCCUCGGCCCUGAAUCCUCCGCCGUAACUCUGGCCGUUCGUGGUCCCUCUCCAAUCCCUGCAGACCCCAACCGUGACCACGUUAAACUAUCCACCAAAUUGGGCCUCAUUGACCUCGAGAGCGGUGCCACUAUCACAGGUUCCUCCUGGUAUUAUCUCACCAACGAAGCUGCCCUCCUCGAGUUCGCUUUGACCAACUAUGCUCUCUCAGUAGCCAUCAAUCACGGUUUCACUCCAGUAACCACUCCUGACGUCGUUCGCUCCGAUAUCGCCAAAAGAUGCGGCUUCCAGCCCAGAGAUCGGUCAUCUCAAGCCUUUCAUCUGCAGUCUCAAUCACCUUCGUCCCCCGAACUUAUCCUUUCCGGAACUUCCGAAAUCCCACUAGCAGGCAUGUUUGCCAAUCGUUUAUAUCCCAUGCAGGAUCUUCCAAUUCGAGUUGUGGGUGUUGGGCGUGCCUUCCGUGCCGAGGCAGGUGCAAGGGGAGCAGAUACACGUGGGAUAUAUCGUGUACACCAGUUCACAAAGGUCGAGCUAUUCGCAGUUACCGAUAGAGAUUCCAGCGAACGUAUGAUGGAGGAUAUGAGAGGUGUUCAACAGGCUAUCUUGGAUGGACUAAAUAUACCUUACAGAAUCAUGGACAUGCCCACUGAAGAGCUUGGCGCCAGUGCAUACCGUAAAUAUGAUAUGGAUGCCUGGAUGCCUGGACGUGGCAGCUGGGGCGAAGUAACAUCGCUUUCUAACUGUACCGAUUACCAAUCCAGACGUUUACUCAUCCGUUAUCAACCGCCGGUGAAUUCAUCAUCCUCGUCCCCAACCCUCUUCGCCCAUACUCUCAACGGCACCGCAGCUGCAAUUCCGCGACUUAUUGUCGCAUUAUUAGAAAGCGGCAUGCAAUUUGAUGACAAGGGAGAUCCUGUCAGACUUCGACUUCCUGCUGUGCUUCGACCGUUCUGGUUGAACCCAGUCCUCAGCUCUCGUAGUCUCGUCGAAUGGGAUUCAUAA